AUGGCAGAGCUAUUUUCCUCUGAUCGUUCUGGACAGUACAAAGGUGAACUCAAGGAGUUCUCAGGUGCUAACCACACCUUAACAUACAUACUAACACAAACAGAACCCAACAGGCUGUUCUGCGACCACAACGCCACCGUCUCCAUCUUCUGGUCGCCGUUCCUGCUCAAGGGCGUCGAGAAGUCGGAGCACGACGGCGUGCGCUACAACCAGGUGUUCCUGGACGCGUUCGACGAGCGCUGGAUGUCGCAGCUCGGCGCCAUCGACGCCGCCGUGCUGUCCGCGGGCCACUGGUUCCGGAUCCCCAGCGUCUACCACGAGGGCGGCAGGGUCGUCGGCUGCCACGGCUGCGACGCGGCGGAGUUCAACCACACCGCUGUCGCCGAGAUCAGCUUCUUCUCCAUGUUCAGGGACGCCGUCAGACGGACGCUCGCCGAGGCCACCCGCCGGCAUCACGAGCAGCAGCACAGCGGCGCCGGCGUGAAGCUGGUGGUGAUGACCAUGUUCUCGCCGUCGCACUUCGAGGGGCAGUGGAACGAGGGCGCCCCGUGCAAGAAGAAUGCCGACACGGAACUGGGGUACACCGAGACGGAGAUGCGGUUCGCGGCGGUAGACGUGACGGCGCUGGCCAACCUGCGGCCGGACGGCCACCCGGGCCCGUACAUGCGCAAGAACCCGUUCGCCGCCGGCAACACGGGCGGCCGGCCGGUGCAGCACGACUGCUUGCACUGGUGCAUGCCCGGGCCGGUGGACACAUUUAACCAGAUACUGCUCCAGACCAUCCUCCGCUAG